GAAGAAGCAGCAGCAGAAGAAGAAGAGGAGAAGAGGAGGAGGAGGAGGAAAUAAUAAGCAGCAGCAACAGCAGCGAAGCAAAACAUUGUGUGUAGCAAACCGCCGUACAUGCAGGAUGGCUGAAGAACAACACCACAGCGGCUUUGACUAAGAAUUACCGGACUGAGUUUCAUGCUUGGGGAAUAAAGUCCAGGCUGCAAGAAGGAGGAAGUUUGUGUGUAAAAGCCUGAGCUGUGACUUACAAGUGAUGGGUCCUAGGAGGAAGACCUCUAAACUCCAGUCUGUAGGGGGAGGCGGUGGAGGGGAACUCACCCCUAGACCCAGUGAGCCCAAAGACUACAUCAAUGAGCUGUCCCAUGAAGUCCUCUGUCACAUAUUCAGGUACCUUCCCAUGAAGGACAUCAUGUGUAUGGAGUGUCUGUCCAGAAAGCUUCGAGAAGCUGUAACUCUGUACCUGCGAGUGGUAAAGGUAGUAGACCUGUGUGCUGGCCGCUGGUGGGAGUAUAUGCCUUCAGGCUUCACAGACAGCAGCUUUCUGCUCCUUUUGAAGAAAAUUCCAGAUCUGGAGCAGCUUUAUGGCCUCCACCCUCGGUACCUGGAAAGGAGACGAGUUAGGGGCUAUGAGGCUUUCAGUAUACCUGGAGUCCUGGAGGCACUGCAAGCCUGUCCCAAUCUGCUGGGUGUAGAGACGUCCCAUCUGGAGCUGGUGGAAGCUAUAUGGAACUACAUGCCUCAGGUUCACAUACUGGGAAAAUUCCGUAACCGUAACGGGGCUUUUCCCAUUCCUGCCGAGAACAAACUGACCAUCCCCAUAACUGCAAAGAUCCAGACCUUACAUCUGGUGGGUGUGAAUGUCCCAGAGAUCCCGUGUGUGUCCAUGCUGCGCCACCUUUACCUGAAGUGGGUCCGCCUCACCAAACCACAGCCAUUUAAGGACUUUCUGUGUGUGAGCCUGAGAACCUUUGUGAUGCGGAACUGUGCAGGGCCAACCAACUCCCUCAAGUACGUUCCCUUGGUUACCGGUUUAGCAUCGGCUCGGAACCUCGAGCAGCUGGAGCUGGUGAGAGUUCCCUUCCUGGGAGGCCUGAUCCAGCAUGUGGUGGAGGACAGCUGGAGGUCAGGAGGAUUUCGGAACCUCCACACCAUCGUGUUCGGAGCCUGUAAGAACGCUUUGGAGGUGGACUUGGGAUACCUCAUCAUCACUGCUGCUCGCAGGCUUCAUGAACUGCGUAUCCAACCUUCACUGACUAAAGACGGAGUCUUUUCAGCUCUCAAAAUGGCCGAACUAGAGUUUCCUCAGUUUGAGACACUUCAUCUGGGAUACGUGGAUGAGUUCCUGCUGCAAUGUAAGAUGAGCCACUCAGAGCUGGUGAAGUAUGGACUGGCUGAUGUAAUUGAAAACCCAGGCAUCAUCACUGAUAUUGGCAUAAAGGUGGUCAAUGAGGUGUUCAGCAAUAUUAAAUACCUCCUGAUCUACAACUGCCCUCACCUGCAUAACCCUCACCACUGGAUCACAGAUCAGUCCAGAUGGAGCCGUCUAGUUGAUCUCACUCUGGUUCGCUGUCAUGCUAUCAAACUGGAAUCCUUCUCCCAGUUCAUCGAGUUACUGCCCACUCUGGAGUUUAUCUGUCUGGACCAGAUGUUUAGAGAGCCACCCAAGGGCUGUGCCAGGGUGGGCCUCAGUGCAGGAACAGGUAUCGGCGUGUCGUCUGCACUGGUCAGCAACCAGAACUCCAGCAAUGACAAUGACAAUAACAGCAACAACAACAACAACAAUAACCAUCACAAUAAUGAACCCAACUUGCCUCCUGCUCCUCCGCCUGUCAGCAACAACAUCAACAAUGAAAGGUGGCAGCGGCAACAACAACAACAACAACAACAUCAACAACAGCAGCAGCAGCAGCAGCACAAUGCACCAGUGGAAGUGAAUGGGAUGGAGGAUGAGGAGGAGGAGGAAGGAGAUGAGGAGGAAGAGGAGGUGAUGGUGGAAGAGGAGAACAUGGAGGCCGAGCCUCAAAUGGAGCUGAAAGGAGCAGAAGAGGAGGUGAGGGCAGGAGAAGCUGACAUGUCUCCGGGGCCCAGUCGCCCAGCAGCAACACAACCUCCUGAUGAGGAGCAAGCAGGUCCCAGCGGUUUAGUCCAGCACUGCAGACCAGCUGGUGUCGCUGUUCCUAAGCCGCCACUGGUCAUCUCAGACUCGGACAGUGAGGAAGAGGAUGAUCUUGUUUCAAGGCUAAUGCCAGCAUCCAGAUUACAGCAGCCAACUUCCUGUACGAAAGGUAAAGGAAAGACUCCUCUGAGGCGGAGCAACAACGUGUCGGUAUCAGUGGCGGCCUCGGCAGACCAGACAGUGUUGCAGGUGUCGGAGAGCAGCUGUGAGAAGAGCUGUCAGGUGACCAGUGAACAGAUAAAGGCGGACAUGAAGGCUGCUGCUGAAAACAAUAAGAAGAAUAGCAUUAAAGGAAGCACUCCUGAGGCUGGGGAGACCUCUGCGAGGCCUGGGGCUGACAGGGGGGCGGUGCGGGGCGCUAGUGGUGCUGGGACAGCAUCAAGGACUGAACUGAAGCCAGUGACUGGAUCUGUGGGCCGGGUUGGACCUGGGGUAGCCACAUCCAGGCAGGCGGGUGGGUAUGGUGGUGUGGGGGCAGGGACCACCCACAGAGCAACCACAACCACUGCUACAGCUACGGAAACCAGAAGGACUAAUGACGGCACAGAGGGACACUCUGGCUCACAGACUGGGAACAGUGGCACAAGGAAGGCAGAGGCGAGGCAGAGCUCUGGUCCUGCAGGUGUGGACGCUCUGGAUUUCACAGGUGCUCCCAGGGGACCAGCACUGCUAGAUGGACGGGGAGGGAGGGAACCUGUCCCUGCUGGAUCUGCCUCUGCUGCUGCUUCAGGUUCACAGCAGGGCCACACCAGAGACCAGGACUUUGUUCCUAGACGACCUUUGACCCGAUCGCGUACUCGUAUGUCUUCUGUGUCUCUGGUACCUGAGACAGAACUUUCUAGAGCCAGGCCUCGAGUCGCAGUGAGGAGGAAACGAAUGGCCGACAAAUCAACCAGCACCUCAGAUCCGGUCACUGAAGAUGACCACGUACAGAUUUUGUCUCUGAAGAGCAAAAACCUGGUGGGCAUCACACUGACCAACUGUGGAAUCACUGACCUGGUCCUCAAAGACUGCCCCAAGAUGAUGUUCAUCCAUGCCACCAGAUGUCGGGUGUUGAAGCAGCUCCAAGUAGAAAAUGCCCCCAUUGUGAACAGAUUCGAUUAUGCUCAGUGUAAGAAGCUGGACAUGGAACAGGUCCUGGAUCAGAUUCUUAGAAUGCCUCCUGAGAGGAACCGCAUCAUCUACAUGCGCCCUAUGCACCAGAUUGACUCAGUGGCGUUGGAGCGUCAGCUCUUCCAGGGGCCCUAUCCCUAUCACAUUGCCAUAGUGCAUGAGUUCAGCAACCCUCCGAACAUUCGCAAUAAGGUCCGCAUUCGCAGCUGGAUGGACACCAUCGCCAACAUCAGCCAAGAGUUGAUCAAGUAUGAGUUCUUCCCUGAGGCCACCAGAACAGAAGAGGACGUGAAGAGGUAUCCCAAAUACCCGUGGGGCCGGGAUAUCUACACACUGGAGGGAGUGGUGGAUGGUGCUCCCUACAGCAUGAUAACGGACUUCCCCUGGCUCAGGACUCUGAGAGCAGCUGAUCCCAACAGCUACGCCCGCUACGACUUUGAGGACGACGAAAGCACCACCAUCUAUGCUCCGCGGCGUAAAGGCCAGCUGUCAGCCGACAUCUGCAUGGAGACCAUCGGGGAGGAAAUCUCAGAGCGCCGACAGAGCAAAAGAGGCGUGUUUCAGAGAGUGGUGGUGCUGUUCCUCCAUCACUGUGACACACCAGGGGAACCUGUGAAUGACGACUACAUCUAAAUUCCACAGAAAUCCUCGUAUCCCAGCAUGUGUCAGGCCGCUGCAGUGUCCGAGCUCCUGGCUGUUCUGCAGGUCAGAGCUGUGGGCGGGACAAGUCGGCGACCCGACCACCUUAAUGAAGAAGGAAUGACUGCAGUCGAGUGCAACUGGGGAAGGUGCUGCUGCCAAAGAUGACUUUGACAACAGAAGUGGCCAAAACUAAGCAUGUUGAAGGCACUUUGCAAAAACUCUUCCAAAGAAUGUAUCUUCUGUCAUUUGGUUCAUGAGGAACAGGCUGAAGGCUGAGAUAUUUUUUAGCCUUUUCCAGUCCUUAGUAAAAUAAAUUGAUGACAUAAAGUGCAUUUGCAACAUUUGGGUGAGGUUCACGAUACAAAUCUGAUGCCGAUUUUCUUUUUAUUUGAGCAGAAUCUAGAGGUACAAACAGUAUAUAAUGUUCCAAAUAAAGGCCUCCCUCUCUCAGCUGCUCAGGCCGUGUUUGACCAUGUAACACUAGCUGUCUGCACCACCAGGGUUUCCAGUUCUUUCAUUGACCCGUGGCUGCUGUCUGCCCACCUCAGACAGAAAUGUCAAACAAAACGCUUUUUAAUUUAGUUUUAAGUUUAUGCCAUUUUUUUCAUUUGUUUAUAACAACUGCUACAAAAUUCUACAUCUGCAGUUGAUCACUUAUGACCAGUGAUCGACCAGAAUGCUUUUGACUCUAUAGUUCAGGCUGGGUGGGACACAUUUUAGGCAACAUUUCACUGCUCUGGUAAUCACCGUCAUGUGUGGAUAAACUUGGUGGUCUUACAGAGAAAUGUCAUACUGUGAGCUUGUGUGCACAGACGGAUGUACUGACACAGGGAAACCAUAGUGUUGUUAAAGUGCUUUAGCAAAGCUGUGAUAUUGGAGUUGCAGGUGUGAUCUCAGCAGCGUCUGCUCACAGCUGUGAUGCACUUCAUAGCAGAAGUGCAGUAAAUGUGUGGUGUUGCUAAUUAACAGAUUGUCUUACUGGUUGGUUAUGUGAAUAACGCAGCUUUAUCUUGUUCUUGUCUCAUAUGUUUUGUUAUGUUUGUUCUAUGGCAAGUUUAAAAAAAGGUGAGGACCAGGACCCUGCGGUGGAUAUGAGACCGGAUCCUAUGCCCAUCUAACACCAUCAGUUACUAAAGAAGCGACAACCUCUUCUCCUUUUUGCCACAAAAGAAAAAGCAACACAUAAAUAAUUGUAAAUAAUUGUAACUGCAGUAUUUUGUAGGACAUUUAACUAAAGUGUAAAAUAGGCUCACUUUCAGGUUCAUAGACAAAACAAUAGUUGUUUUGCUAAUCACCAUUGUUAGCUUAAGCCUAUGGCAUUUUACAUGGAAUAAAUUAGCCUCACGGCUAGUUUACUAUUCCUCCACUGCUAACAAACAAAUCAUUUAUAUAAUUUGUAACUUUUUUUUUUUUGGUUCACGGUUGUUUUGAAUCACUGCGUCUCCCAGCAGAACAUCAUGGUCUGCCAGCUGCCUCCAUGUUUCCUCAGUCCGAAUGUUGAAGCAGAUCAGUGAAAUUCUGAGUUUGUUUCUGAUCUCAUAAUAAUUCAUGUUUUCUCCAAAAUCCCGACUAUUUCUAUAAUUAUGAUUUAUUCAUCUUUCUGGCACUAGCAAGAUGUGCUGUGUGAAUUUUCAAAAUAAAGGCAUAUUUUGCAGAUGAUGA